AUGUACUACUAUUCAAUUAUGCAUGCUAUUAAUCCUGUAUCACUGUUUAUUUGCUUUCUUUGCACUACUCUGCAAGGCAUCCAAGCUGUACGAAUCAUUGGUAGUUGGAAUUCACGUAGCAGUCGAUUCUCAAUUGUUGCUAAAUUUGGUUUUCAGCAAGUGGAUCCACUAGAUGUUGAACAUAGUCGUGGAUUCGUUUAUGGCAAUAUAUCUUCGCAAACAGUCAGUGAAGCGCGUGGGGUGCUAUUUAUUGUACCAAGGACACUGAUUGAUGCAUUUGCGAAAGCAGAUAACAAACAAUCUUGUGAGGCGUUAUUACAAAACAUGGACUCACUGAUAUUUGAAUCAAGAUGCUUUCCGAAGGGAAAAUGGGAUGUGAUGCGAUGGGUUCCAUGUCCUACAGGGAAACUUUGUAUUGAAGAAGAUAAGCCGGAAAAGGUUAUUAAUGGCUCACAAAUGACUCUCAGGAUAAUGGAACUAUCUAUACCUCAAUACUGGUAUGUUGUGCUAGCUGCUUGUUAUUUGGAUUCUCGUUGUUUGUGGAAGUCUUCUGUUAAAGAAAUAAAUGUAAAUUAUGAUUUGUGGCUCACUAAUGGAAAUCCACAAGUGCAUUAUUUAAAUCCAUUUGGGCAUCAGUUCAGCUUUGAACAGCAGGGGAUUUUUUCUGCUCAUUUUUUUGGUGAGAUGGCGUGUUUGAUGUCCGUUUCUCUCAUGUGCUUAUUACUGUUAUUGCUUAGCUCUGGAUGGUCAUUUUAUAGCACCAGUGGGGUUUCUAUCUGCUCAAAAAUCGUUCUUUUUUGGGGACUUCUUACUUUUGCUCAUUUCUUGCUCUUUUUCGUAAUUUUCUUCUUUGUUGGCGGUACACUCCAUCUAUUCAAAUCUUGGCCAGGCUGUUUAGUUAUUUUGAUUCGUGUGCUGCAAGCGGUCUGGUUUAUGGUGCAUAUCCGUCAUCUUAUAAAUGAAGAAAACUAUGAACAAAAAGCAGUUUUUUUGGCUCACUUUGGUGCUGGUUUUCUUGUCUGGUUUGUAUAUUAUGUGGGUCUUGGAAUUAUAAUUUCAUUUGUAUCUGAUUUAUGGAGAUUCAAAAUAGUGUUGGUUUUGACUGCUGGGGCCAAUUUCGUCGCAGUCGCGUGUCUAGUGUAUUUAUUCUGGCCUACAAACCCGAAUCGAAAUUAUUUUCAGGCGGACUUUUCAUCACACAUGCGGUUUUCCUUAACUCUUGAAAAUGAAGAUGGUGAUUUUGAGAAUUUGCUGUUGAGUAACAUCUCAGGUGUUGACAUGGAUGAUCUUCCUGGUGCAGUUUCUUAA